CCUCAAUCGAACCAGUCGGCCGCCCAAGAUGCCGAAUCAUUACAGACCUCCUGGAAAGAAAAAGGAAGGAAAUGCAGCGAAAUAUAUCACCAGAACGAGAGCAAUCAUCCAGAUCCCUCUGCAAGUUUUUAGGGGGAAGACAGUCAGUGGGUGACUCUGGAAAUUGAAUACCCGGGCCAUUGGGAAACGAUUGUGUUGGGGUUUUUUCAUUCUCCCUGCAAACUUCAAGUAAUUCCCUAUGCUCACCACCUCAUCGAUGAUUUGUCUCUGAGUUAAGACCAGAUCAAUUUGAAAUGCUUUAUCGAUUCCAGGCGAUGAAUGCUUUUUUGCCUGAUGAGUAUCCAAAGUUCUCAGUCUUCUCAAGAACGAGUUCUGCAUUUUGAAAAUAGAAAUGCGCUUUCCAUUAUGAAGAAUACAUACCAAACACAACUUAUAUAGUUUCAUGUGUUAAAUGCGUUUUCUGUUGCCUUCCCUUGUUUUCCAGCUUUCACAGUUUUAUCAGCCUCUGUUGUUAACCAAACAAUUACAUGCAGUGAUAAUCAAGUACCAACUCUCAUUCGAUCCCUUCUAUGCAACCCGAAUUAUCCGAUUUUAUGCACUUCACGGCGACCUCCAAACCGCUCGCAUUGUGUUUGAUAGUACUACCAGAAGAAGUGUAUACCUAUGGAAUUCCAUGAUCAGAGCUUAUGCUCAGUACCACAAAUUCAACCAUUCGUUCUCACUCUUCAAACUUAUGCUUGGUACCCAAGUGAAACCUGACAAUUUCACAUUUGCAUGUAUUGUACGUUCGUGCUCGGAGAACUUGGAUCCCUCUGGGCUGAGAAUGACUCAUGGGCAAGUGAUAGUGUCUGGUUUAGAAUCGGAUUCAGUUUCUAGCAGUGCUCUUGUGAGCGCUUAUUCGAAGUUGUGCCUCAUUGAUGAAGCCUGUAAGGUGUUCCAGGGGAUGUCAGAACCUGAUCUGGUUCUUUGGAAUUCAAUUAUUUCAGGUUAUGGGUGUUGUGGACUUUGGGAGAAAGGGUUAGAAUUGUUUAGUGUGAUGCGAAAAUUGGGUGAAAAGCCCGAUGAAUAUACCCUAGUUGGAUUGAUUUCAGGCCUUACAGAUCCCAGCUUGCUGGAAAUUGGACGAGGAAUUCAUUGUUUUUGCUUGAAAAAAGGGUUCAACCUUAACACUCAUGUGGGCAGUGCGCUUGUGAGUAUGUACUCAAGGUGUUGUUGUUUGUGUUCAGCUCAGAGAGUUUUCAGUAGUUUAUCCCAGCCUGAUUUAGUUGUCUUGUCUGCUUUGGUUGCUGGCUAUGUUCAGUCUGGAAAAUGUGAAGAGGCUUUACUCUUGUUCAAGGAAAUGACAUAUCUGAAAGAUAAAAAAGCAGAUUCCAUCUUAAUUGCAAGUGUAUUGGCGGCAUGUGCUCGGUUAGCAAUUGUGCGACCUGGUAGGGAGAUACAUGGUUAUGUUCUACGGCAUGGGUUGGAGGUCAAAGUCAUGGUUUCCUCUGCCAUUGUAGACAUGUAUUCGAAGUGUGGUUUUGUUGGCUUGGGGUUACAGGUUUUCGAGACUAUGUCAGACAAAAAUGUUAUUGCCUACAAUUCUACAAUUUCAGCUCUUGGUUCUCAUGGACUCGCCGCCCGUGCCUUUCUAGUGUUUGAUGAGAUGUUGGAAGAUGGACUGAAGCCUGAUGAAUCCACUUUCUCUGCUCUUCUUGGUGCUUGCUGCCAUGCUGGGCAUGUAAAAGAUGGCCAGGAGCUUUUCAGGAGAAUGAAAGAUGAGUUUGGAAUUGAAGCCGGAACACAACAUCAUGUUUACAUGGUGAAACUUCUAGGUAUGGCUGGAGAGUUGGGAAAGGCUUAUGAUUUUAUCCAAUCCAUGCCACAAAUCCCAGAUUCUGGUGUUUGGGGUGCACUUCUAUCAAGCUGUUGCAUUCAUGGAAAUUUGGAGUUGGGUGAAAUUGUUGCCCGUCGGCUCUUCGAGAUUGAACCUGACAAAACUGCUUAUAGAGUGAUGCUUUCUAACAUAUAUGCUUAUGAUGGGAGGUGGGAUGAUGUAAAGAAGUUAAGAAAUGAUAUGGUAGAAACUGGCCUGAAGAAAAGGCCUGGUCUAAGCUGGAUAUGAUGUAGUACUUUUAAUUAAAUACCUUUAAAGUAUACUUAUACAGUACAUAUUACAGAGUGAUCAUUUAUGACAUAAGAAGCAAACUGAGGCUUCCUAAUCCAUCUAUUGUCAACUGACUUCAAAGUUAGAUCCUUUAAAUUAAAAUCAAGGCUGUGUUCAACCAAAGCAGGGUUUUUUGCAAUCAGAAAAUUGAGGUGACCUCCGACUGAUGUCAAUGUUUUCAUGGUCUUUAUUUGGUUUGAGAAAAUAUGUUUUAAGAUUGAGCAGUUGUAAUAGUGAAAUUGAUCUGGAAUCAAUAAAACUACUAAUUAUUGUUUGAA